AUGAGAUCGACGAUGCACAUCCAGACAGCCCCCCUUGCAAUCCUCUUUGUAACCCGCCGUGGGCACGACGUCGCCCAAUCCAGCAAGCACAUCUCCUUUCGGCAGCCUUGCUCGACCAGUGGCUCUCUUUCUGUCGCGCAAUGUGCCUACACCCCCUUUCUCCCCUCUGCAUUAACCGUUGUCGCCGCCACCGUUGGUCAUCUCGUCUGCAAGAAGCGGAACCAAACCGUCUGGCACACGGGUACGAUGUUCGCGGCCACUUCGGUGAGCGUUGCGUCCACUGGCCACCCACUGAGAUCGUUUGCUGACACCUCGGCGUCUCUCGCGGGAUCUUGCGCGUUUCUCACGAUCGCAUGCAGGCUUACCACCACUCGAUAUAAAACAUCAGCCCUGGUCCAAGUCACUCCCUGGCAGGCUACACUGGCGCGGUUCACGAUUGACUUUCCGCUCGAUACGGGCACUUCAAUCCAACCGUUCCUAAUCGGAGCUACUGCCUCUUCAGGAAGCCGUCUCCAGCUUAUGAGCAAAUCACAACUGCCAUCAUCUUCUGCCUCGCUCCGCUUUAUUAGGACAUGCGCCAGAUCCGGCCAUCGCUAUCAAAACAUCACAUCUCAAUUCUUUGACUGGGCCGUUUCCGCUGUUUCGACAUGGGUUUGCAUGCGGGAUCUUGAUGUACUCCUCAGGUACCCAAAGAGUCACGAUCCAGCAUCCAGUCUCCCGUGGCGCGGGUUCGUCGAUUUCCUGUGA